AUGUGUUCCGACCCCGCCGUCCGUCGGAGAUCGCCGCAGACGCUCUCCGGUUUCUUCGGCCUCUCCCGCAGCGGCAGCAACCGUUUUGUCAACGUUUCCGGGAGAGGCCGACCGCUAAUUGACCCUUCUUUUCCUUUCCUCCACGGCUUCCAAAACGUCAAGAUCGUAAACUGCUGCGGCGGCAUCCUUCUAUGCCAUGGUAUGCGAGCGGAGGGCGUGGAAUACAUUGUGUGUAACCCUGCGACCGAGGAGAUCUGGGCCGUGCUGCCCGUGCCUGAUACCCAUGAGACACCACGUCCUCAUGCUUACCGCACCAUUUGCUUGUGUUUCGAUCCGAUCGUCCCUUCUCGCUUUGCGGUGUUUGUCAUCAUUCAGAAUGGUCGCGACAUUACCAUUAUGGAGGUCUACUCAUCGGAUACCAGAGAAUGGACUUCCAUGUCGAGCCCAUGGGGUCACAAAAUUGUGUUAUAUGGCUUGGAACCAGAAUGCUUCUUCUUAAAUAGCACUCUACAUUCCAGUGCCUAUGAUUCUCGUGUGGAGACAUUUGACUCGGAGGGUAAUUCAAUAAACAUGGUAGUUAUAGUGGACACAAGCGGGGAUACUUGGAGGACAACUCGACAGCCGACCAAAGCUAAACUGAAUUUCUUUGGGCACUCUCAAGGACGAUUACAUGGAAUGGAUAUAGACAAUCGUAAUGGUUGCCGGAUAUCAGUUUGGGUUCUCGAGGACUAUGCUAGUGGACAGUGGACCUUAAAGCACACUGCCAGUGUUCUGGAGUUGGUAGGAAAGCCUUCUCGUGAGUGCGAUGAGUACUACACCUUGGUUGCAAUCGAUCCAGAACGUAACCUUAUUUUCCUUAAUGGCGGGGUGGAGCCGGAACAGACACUUAUGUCGUAUGAUUUGGAUACCCAGAAGUUGCAUGUUAUCUGCACUCUUGAAGAUUAUCAGAGGAAAAUUUUCCGACCUUACAUUCCCUGCUUUGUGGAAUGGCCGCCAUCGGAUGCUCAUUGA